AUGCAUGCGGGGGUCCAACUGUCCUGGGUCCAUCAAUUGCACUUGCUCCCUGGCUUUUUCUCCAGCAAGGAGGAGCCUGGUAUGAUAUUUCAAUGCUUUGGCGAGCCGGAAAGAUGCCCAGGAGGUGAUCCUGGAACCUGUGCUGCUGGUAGAGACGUGGACAGCAUUGCCUGUAGCACCUGCCUGGAUGGCCUGCACGCGGAUGGAGGUGUGUGCGUUCCAUGUGAGACAGGAGACUAUUUCUUGAUCAUCGUGGUGACUUUGCUUGUUUGUGCUGGCAUUGUGGUCCUCUAUGUGGUAUCACUGCGGAAAGGGCAGAAGAGCGCACAACCUGGUAGCCUGUUAAUUGCAGCACUUGGUCUUGGUCAAAUGAUCACAGUUGUCCAGCAACUGACUGUGAUUCAGCAGUUCAAGAUCCAGUGGGGUGAACCUUUCUCCAGCAUGUUGGUAUCCUUCGACAUUUUCGCAUUUGAUCUUGAUCUGAUUUCCCUUGGCUGUGUGGCGCCAAUGGCACCGGUUGCCAAAUUUACCAUGAGAACGUUGCUGGUUCUGGUGUUCUUCGCUGUGGCAUGUUUGGUCCACUUCUUUUUCAUUGCGAUGUUUCAGAAGGGGAAGGGCUUGCAGCUCAGUGUCCUUGGUGGCACAGUCGGUACAUUGUUCAUGAUCUUCUUCAUCUCAGUUUGCUCCUCUUUGCUGGCACCAUUCAGAUGCUAUGCCCAUCCGAAUGGUCGAUCAACAGUUCAAGCCUAUCAUUCAGUGCUUUGUGACAUGAACAAUGAGCAUUUGCAGAUGAGCUUGGUUGGAGGUCUUUGCUGUCUUCUCCCGAUUGCUUUCUUGACUGUGUGCUCAUACAUUACCCUGGUCAAGCUGCCUUCUUGGAUUGCUGACGGAGAGGUGAAGCUGAUCCGAUCUUGCUCCUUCCUCUUCAUGCGCUUCCGCCCGGGUGCAGAGGUCUAUUCGGUCUUGUUCUCAGUGCGGAACGCCUUGGUGGUUCUUUGUCCACUUCUGCCGUCAGCUUCGGGACGAAUUCUUUGUAUGAACCUGGUGCUUUAUGGCAGCUUGGUGAUGGUGGCGUAUGGAAAACCUUGGCGGGCAACGCUUUGCAACACCUUGGACUUGUUCUUGCUCGCUGGCAUGCUUGUGAUCCUGGACAUGGGCUCCCUGUUUGUUUUAAACAUUGAUGGCCCGUCCACGGCUGCGAUUUGCAUCGUUUUCUCCACGGUGAUGUUCAUUUCAAUUGUCGCAGCAGUUUUCUACGGCAUUGCAAAGCAUGUGAUGCUCAAGUAUCACAAGCCAUUUCGCUAUUUUGUGUGCCAUCAGAAGAAUGCAGCAGGUAGCUAUGCUCGCCUUCUGAAGAUUGAGCUGCAGAAGCGGGGUCCUCGCUUCAGCACGUUCAUCGACUGUGACGACCUGAAUGAUCUGACGAAGUUGUUUAGCUAUGUUGGUCAGGAUACACAGACUCUCUUAAUUCUUGGAUCUCCACAGAUUUUGACACGGAAGUGGUGCGUGGGCGAGAUGGUGACUGGCAGGAUUGAGAAUGUGCACACAGUCUUGUUGACCUUCCCAGGCUUUGUGAUGCCUGAUGAGAGUUUUAUUGAGACUUACACCACUCUUGUGCCUGAUAUCACCGAGCUUGCCAACUACAACAUUGGUCUUGACGAAGUCAAGGAAACCUUGAGAUGGAUCAACACCGUUUCCACUGUAGACGUGCCUGCUCUCAUUCACCCGGAGACCAUCACUGAUGUGGUGAAUGCCUUGACAGACACUCGAAGGGCAGCAUCAACCAAUGUGGAUGCCCACCAGGAGUAUCGGCAGUCGGCAGUGGCUUGUGUGCCAAUUGUGACCAGCUUUGUUUUUCCAAAUUGGACCGAUGUGCGCGAUGGCUGCUUUUCCUCGCUCAACAUUGCGCGCUGGCUUCUAGAAGUGCUGCAAGUGGUGCAGCUUGAACAGCUUGUGCAGAAGGAGGUAUUGCAAAAGCAAGAUGUAUUGAAAAAAGAAAUAACCGCGCUCUUAGAAGCAGAGCGACAGAGCAGACAGAAGGAAAUCAAUGAGAUUGAUGGGAAAAUCGGCGCGAAGGUGAAAGAAAUGCGAGACGAGGCUGAACAGAUGCAAGUGAAAACUCAAGAUGCUCUCGCCAAGCAGAUCCAGGAGUUGGAAGGCAAGCUUGCCAAACAGCAGAAAGAAAGUGACGAAGCCUUGAAUGCAGUAAAGAAAAGCGUGGCAGACCAAGUUGCAACAAUGGCAACAGCACUUGAAGAGUAUGCAAAAACAUUGACUCAGCAGAGAGAAGAAGCUUCGACCAAUCUGCAAAGCCACAAGAAAGAGUUUGCUGAGCACAAGGAAACUACCAGCAAAGGGUUAGACGCGCACAAACAGGCGUUGGAGAGCUACAAAUCCGAGAUUACUAAAAGCUUCGCAAGUCAGCAGCAAGAGCUGGAAAGCCACAAGAAAGUAGCAGCAGAGCAGAUUGAGUCACACAAGAAGGAAGCAAGUGCCAUGGCGGAGGCAGAGGAGCGGCAAAAAUCCGCAGUGCAGAGUUGCCGAAGCGAGGCGAGUGAAGGGCUGCUGACAGCGGCAGAGGAAUUGAACCCAGACAACUCGGUGGUUCAACUCUUCUGCACAAACCUUGGCACGCUCAUCGACAACUCUCUAGAGGAUCAACAGGAGCGCUUCGAGGGGAAUUUGACGGAGGUCCGUGCAUCAGCAGCCUCAAAGUUCCAGGAACAACGUGCUGCUGCCCAGGAGCUCUUUACCUCGAACCACGACAAGUUGAAGGAGGCAGUCUCGGAUUACAAGAACAAUGCCUCCAAGGCCAAUCGCAUCCAAGAUUUCGGGCGGCACCCCGAGCUGCUGGGCUCCUCGCCGGUGGAUCCGGCGGAAGGGAGCAACCUCCUCCUCGUCCAGGGGGCGCACGGGAGGGGGGAGGAACUACAGGAGGUGGACGAGAUCCAGACGGCAGUACAAGAGACCCAGAGCGGUCCGAGCAUAAAGAAAGAGAAGGAGGAGAAGCAGCGAAUAGAGAGGAGUCCAGGAAAGCCUCUGAAGGAGAUCAAGGAGCAGAAGAAAAGGCCAGUGAUACACGUGAACCUCUUCGUCGACGUCGCCGUGUGA